AUGGACCUGGUUGGUUUUGGUUAUGCAGCCCUGGUGACAUCCGUAAGCAUUUUGGGAUAUAAGCAGAGAGGUGGUGUUCCAUCUUUGAUUGCUGGUCUUUUUGUUGGAUUUUCGGCUGGUUAUGGAGCUUACUGUGUCUCCAAUGACAAGCGAGGUGUAAAACUAUCACUGUUUACAGCUUUCUUCCUGGACACCACAAUGGGGGUGAGGUUUAAGAGAUCCAAGAAAAUCAUGCCAGCUAGGCUGGCUGCAGGUUUAAGCCUCAUUAUGAUUCUGAGACUUGUUUUAUUGCUGCUCUUGUCUCACUCUGAGAAUUCAGAGGAACUGAAACCUAAAUUCGUGUCAUUCUGA